AUGUGUAGCCUGUUCCCCUCUAGUUUUUUCCCUCUGCUUAAAAAUCAAAAGCAAAGCAGCCCACUACUUUCAAAAACCGCUCAAAAAUUCGGGUAUAUAAGUAAAUCUUUCUUACAUUUCACCCAAAAUAACGAGUCGAGAGAGAUGUGGACAAAGGUUCGACAUUUAAAUCAUUCACAGAAGCAACAAAUUACUUCGAAUUUAUUUGUUGCGGUUGCAGUGGGAGCUGUGCUUACGGUGGCAGGUCCCACUUUAUUACCCUGUCCAGCCUACGAUCAAAACGACCGAUCCGCAUUCUUGGAAGAUGAGCAAAAGAAAGCCAAUCCUAACCUUAACAAAAAGGUUGUCAUUGUCAAAAGAAGAAAAGAUACCACAAACGUCGAAGAAAAAUCAUAGACAAAUCCCCACACACACACACCAUAAAAAUCACAUCUGUAAAUAGAAAUAAUUAUUUAUUCCUCCCACUCCACGCACCACACUACCUACUCACUCUUUUCACUAUGGACACCCCGCUUUUUUCUUUUCUAUAAAAAUCAAAAAAUC